CAUAUUGGUGCAGUCGUUGCAACUUUUCUUUUCAACAAUGAACGUAUUAUACAAGCAGUGGACAUCUUUAACGAAUGUUUGGUGCUCCUUAACGGUAAAGCCCUAGAGACAAGCAAAGAACAUACCACAACACUUGUUAUCUAUGUAUACUAUAAACUUUUUCAUGGCUAUACUCUUAUCUACGAUCACACCCGUGCGGUAGAAUGUGGUAAAAAGCUUCACGUGAUACUACACAAUAGUGGCCGAAAAGAAGAAGAAGGGGUGAUAUUACUUAGAAUAGCGAACAUCAACCAUCAAAUAAGUAAAUACAAGGAUGCAAAACAGUUUUACGAGAAGGCACUCGGCAUCAUGAUUCAGGCUGGAAAUAAUCGCGGAGUUGGAAUAUGUUACGGAAAUCUAGGAACUGUGUUUAAAUCUGUUGGUCAAUAUACCAAGGCUGAAGAAUACCUUCAAAAAGCACUAGUGAUCAGGAAAGAAAUUGGUGACAAAGGAGGAGAAGCUGCAGAUUACGGAAAUCUAGGAACUGUGUUUAAGUCUGUUGGUCAAUAUACCAAGGCUGAAGAAUACCUUCAAAAAGCACUAGUGAUCAGUAAAGAAAUUGGUGACAAAGAAGGAGAAGCAUUAGCUUACGGAAAUCUAGGAACUGUGUUUAAGUCUGUUGAUCAAUAUACCAAGGCUGAAGAAUACCUUCAAAAAGCACUAGUGAUCAGGAAAGAAAUUGGUGACAAAGAAGGAGAAGCAUCAGCUUACGGAAAUCUGGGAACAGUGUUUUUAUCUGUUGGUCAAUAUACCAAGGCUGAAGAAUACCUUCAAAAAGCACUAGUGAUCAGGAAAGAAAUCAGUGACAAAGAAGGAGAAGCUGCAGAUUACGGAAAUCUAGGAACUGUCUUUAGAUCUGUUGGUCAAUAUACCAAGGCUGAAGAAUACCUUCAAAAGGCACUAGUGAUCAGGACAGAAAUCGGUGACCAAAACGGCUUAGCAUCAGCUUACGGAAAUCUAGGAACUGUGUAUAAGUCUGUUGGUCAAUAUACCAAGGCUGAAGAAUACCUUCAAAAGGCACUAGUGAUCUGUAAAGAAAUCGGUGACAAAGUUGGUGUUGGAGCUUUAUACUUAGAGCUUGGAAAACUUUGUCGAGAAUUUCAGCUUAAUGCGAAGAGUCAAGAAUUUGCUAAUAACGCACUGGAGAUAAGUUACGAAAUAGGGGACAUUGAAAUGCAGUUUAACAGCCACCUCACCAUUGCUUUAAACGCGUUAGUGGCAGGAGGAAUCAAUUGUCAGAAAAGUACUCUGUGGAUAAAGGGGUAUCAGUCAACCCACAGUCAUGGAUUGGUAUUGAGAACAUCAUGAACAAAAAUGCACUUAGUUCUUGUCUUUUUGUUUCCUGCUUCGAUGAUAAUAUGUCUUUUUGGAUCCUCAAGCCAAACAAAAUAAUACAUUUUCGACAAAAGACACUUCAAGAAAGUGCAGAUAUAGUGUUUGGAAAUCAGACAUUUGGUGACUCUCUUGAUUUACGUCAAGACCAAUGCGAAGAUCGAUCAUUGUUGUCAUGUGUAAGUUCCCCGCCACCUUGCAAACCAUUUCAGAGUGACAACUUCGAAUCUUUGCGUCUUAUAGAAGAAGAGGAAGACAAAAAUCACGACUCUCAACCCUUAACCCUUGCUGAUGGUUACAACAUGAUAGUAGCUCCUGUAGCUGACUUACUCCAAGAAUCAGAAAUCAUCAUUGUACCGGAUAACUUGUUGUAUCCAAUUCCUUUUGCUGCUUUAAUGGAUGAUAAUGGAAAGUAUUUAUCGGAUUCUUUCAGGAUUCGUAUUGUCCCUUCCUUGACGACUCUUAAGUUGAUUCAGCUCAGUCCAGUAGAGUACCAUAGUAAAACCGGUGCACUGAUCGUAGGAGAGCCAGAAGUUUGUGAUGUAUACUACCAAGGAAAACUUCUACAGUUAAACUCAUUGCCUUGGGCCAGAAAGGAAGCAGAGAUGAUUGGGCAACUGCUCGGUGUUCAACCGUUGCUUGGAAGGGAUGCAACUAAGCAGGCAGUCCUGAAGAGCAUGCAUUCAGUAAGUCUCAUUCACUUCGCUGCUCAUGGUUAUGCCGAACGUGGAGAAAUAGCUCUUUCCCCAAUAAGCUCCUGCGGAACUCCAAACGAAGAAGACUACUUAUUAAGGAUGGCUGAAAUUUCACAAGUUCGACUAACAGCCAAACUGGUUGUCCUUAGCUGCUGUCAUAGUGCAAGUGGUCAGAUAAGGGCUGAGGGAGUUGUUGGAAUCGCUCGAGCAUUUCUAGCAUCGGGUGCACGCGCCGUGUUGGCGGCACUGUGGGCUGUAGAGGACGAAGCUACCAUGUGGUUUAUGAAUCGUUUUUACGAGCACCUUGUUCAUGGUGAAAGUGCAAGUGAAUCUCUUCACCAGGCCAUGAAGUCGAUGAGAGAGAAUCACUUUUCUGACGUCAUGCAGUGGGCACCCUUUAUGCUGAUUGGAGAUGAUGUA